AUGCUUGAGCCCCCGAUUGCACUGCAAUCGACAUGGCAUGAAGAGCUUGCGCAGCUCGACACGAUAUCAAGCGAAAGGAUUGGGAAGAUGCGGCGGAUGGAUUUCGGGCGCCAAAGAAAGGGAUUACAUCGAAGAACAAAGGGCUGCGUUUUUGAAAACAACGAGAUAUGGUCGGAUUUCUUGGGAGUCGACGAGGUAAUAUUGGGAGAGGAACUCCGUCGCCGGGCGGACGCCAUCGAAAGGGUGAAGACGCCGGACUACUGCAAGCUGAUUGAGCGUACGGCCCCGAACUUUAUCGGGCGCUCGCUGGCGAGGUUGAAAUACCUGAGGGAGAAGAAUCUGAAUGACCAUGCCGCCCUCGAAGAGGCGCUGCGGGAAAUUAUUAGAACAGGACUUCCGAGAAAUGGAGGUACCAGAAGAACAGUGGGGACUCCAUUUAAGGAAGUACUUGACGGGCAAGGCCAUGGUACAUUCGGAACUCAUGCAGCGCUCGGGGACGGAAAUGGCAGAUUGGCAGCUCGUACGAGAAAGGCUGUGCGAGAGAUUCUGCUCACUGUCGCGCGAAAUAUGAUGGAGCGUUCGGUGAACAAUCGCUGGCGGGGAGACUACAACGAGUACAUCGUUCGAUUUGCCGAAGUAGUCGCUCAAGGAGAAACUAUUCCCGAAGAGGAACUGCUGAUGUGCUACUUCGCGGGAUUAUCGGGGGAAAAAGGUGAGAAGCUAACUAAGAGAGGAAAGAAGGAAUUUCCAAGCUGGCAGGAGGCGGCCACCACGCUAAGAGAAUAUGCAACCCUACUGAUGGCUUGGCGUUCGAAGAGGAGGCGCAUGGAGCGGGAGAUCAAGAGUGUGGAAAUGCCGCAGGGAUUGGAAGGCGGAAGCGUUAGCUAG